UUCCACUCAACCGCAAUAAAAACAAUAACAAAACAAGGCAAAGCUCUAAAUUUUAUUUUAUUUUUAUUUGCCUUUUUUGUCAGUAACUGGUCCCAUCAAGCAGGCAGGCAGGCUCGUGUUCGGUCAAACCAACAGUCAUGAACGCUGAAUAUGACUAUUUAUUCAAGCUUUUGCUAAUAGGAGACUCUGGGGUUGGCAAAUCGUGUCUUCUUCUGAGAUUUUCCGAUGAUUCAUAUCUGGAGAGUUAUAUAAGCACCAUUGGCGUCGAUUUUAAAAUACGCACUGUGGAGCAAGAUGGGAAAACUCUAAAACUUCAAAUUUGGGAUACUGCAGGGCAAGAACGGUUCCGGACGAUCACUAGCAGCUACUACCGAGGGGCACAUGGCAUUAUAAUAGUUUAUGAUGUUACCGAUCAAGCGAGCUUCCACAAUGUGAAACAAUGGUUGAACGAAAUCAAUCGAUACGCGAGCGGGAACGUGAACAAGCUUCUGGUCGGAAACAAGUGUGAUCUUACUGCUAAAAAGGCGGUUCCAUACGAAACAGCCAAGGCCUUUGCAGACGAACUUGGCAUUCCAUUUAUGGAGACUAGUGCAAAGAAUGCUACUAAUGUGGAGCAGGCUUUUAUGGCAAUGGCCGGUGAUAUUAAGAACAGGAUGGCGAGUCAGCCGGCGGUAAACAAUGAGAGGCCAUCGAUGGUGCAGAUACGAGGACAACCUGUUAACCAGAAGACGGGUUGCUGCUCUUAGUUGAUUUUUUAACCAUUGCCUGAAGAGUGAGUGAAUGCUUGUUAGAAUAGAUUUCUUAAUUCUGAUCUC